AUGAAACGCCAUAUAUAUACAUUUAUACAAGUGAUUGCUGCAUGUUUAUUAAUUACAAUAAAAAUGACAAAUUUUGCAUUUCUUUUUCCACUUAUACUCAUCUUACUUGUACCAUUUCGAAAAAUGUGUCUUCCAUUUAUUUUUACAGAACGUGAACUUUCUGAGCUUGAUGGUGAUGAAGAACCGGGUAGUACCUUUGAUGAUGAAAUUGAUUUUUAUGGCCAAGUUCAUUUACCAAUUUGA